AUGCUGAGCAUGACUCAAACGGCUAGGAACACCGAGCGUCACGCUAUGUCUUGGGCUUCUACACGCCUCAGGGAACAGAGAAUCACCUUCAUCAGUGCUGGAGAUCUGAAGCAAGAAGAUAUAGUCGCAGUCGCGAAGGACAAAGAACAAACGCAGAAGGAAGCAGCAUCUGAAGAACCCUCGGACAAGCAAGCGCAACAUAAGGAGGCUGAACCACAUGCAUCAGGGAAAGAGCAGUCAGAUAAUCACAAGAAGAGUACAGUCGAGUUGAGCGGACAAGAGCCCCGUACAAGGAAAGACUCAGUUUCGUCGCAGUCCUCCGAAGAGAUCCUUUUCGCCGGUCGACACAACCCCCCAGCAAAGAUUGUCAAGAAUGCGGCCGCUUCUAGCUCAGAGCCUACAAUUCCUCCUGAACCCAAUUUUGUUGAGACAGAACCUCCACCUGAAUGUUCUCCCGCACCGGUGGGUGUCACCACUCGCGAUUCCAGCUCAUCUGGUUUGGACAAGUUCAACAACAUUUUGCCUCCGCCCCGGAACAAAGCCUUCGACCGACGUGGUCGUCUUCGGGGCCGACCAGAAAGCUCUCAAAGAAGAGAGGAGGAAGAAGCCCUCAUUAAUGAUUACAUUGCCAAUUUAGCGGUUGACGACGACAGCGAUGAAGACGCGAUUCUCGAAAGCAAGCACUCAGUAAAGACUGGAAAGAGAACUGAACAUUUCCGUUUCUUUGAUGGCGCUACUGAGCAAAAGGUCCACCUGCGGCCCCAAAGAACAAGCAAACCUGCGAAAGGAUCUAACGACGUCAACCAAGCGAUCGAUUGGAAUUCGAGUGAUCUGCAAGAUUUUGAUGACUUUAGCACUACAGACGAGGAAAUUGUCGAGGUCAGCCAUGUUCUACGAUAUCGCACCCGUCCAAGUGGUCCACAGUAUCUCGUCAGCCCGCUUGGCAAAGACUCCAGUGAUCCUCGCUGGGUUCCUCACGGAAAGCUGAACUCAGCCUCUGCUGUCGACGAAAUCCGCAUCUUUGAGGAAAUCCAGGCCAUGAAAAUCCCAGAGAUCACAGGAGACUCCGCCGAUUCCGAGUCGUCAGACGCCGACGAGCUUUUGGAUGAUCUUGAUGACGAUAUAGAAUCCGAGAACGAGGAAAAUGAUCGCAUACUCGAGCGUGCCGCGCGGAUGACUGAUGAGCAGAUCGCUCGAGCGCUAGCAAAACAGGAAGAGCUGGGAAUGGGUGGCGACGAGCUGCUCUUGUUCGAUGGACAAGUUGAGGAAGACGACGAGGUCAAUGAUGAUGACGACGAUGAUGAUGUUGACGACGUCGACGAUGAAUUUGCAGCCGGCGAUGGGUUCAUUCCGUUUUCCACGAAGAAGCAUAUUUCCAGCCGCGUCAAAUCAAAGAAAAAUAGACGCGAGCGUGACACUUUCCCAUCUGCAACAGCUUUCGCUGAUGCCCUUGACCAGGAUCCAUAUGGUGCGUUCGACAUCAUGGAUUUUGACCGACCUAGUCUCCGACCUAAGAAGAAGGGACGCAAGUCGGACUUACCUUUCGACCUCGGCGUCGAGGAUGAGGAACUUGCCGAGCGCCUACGCAGUACCUGGAACAAAGACCGGGAAAAGAAGGCGAGCCGCAAGCGCGAGAAACUACUUGAGCGCGAGGCCGCUCUUCUGGAAGCGUCCGAACGCAAUCAUCCUGUCGCUAUCAAGGCAGAAAUCCGACAGUUUCUCAUCGAGGAAGUCACGACGCUGAAACUGGCCCCAAUGGAUUCAGCAACUCGGGCUUCUGUCCACCGGCUUGCCAAGUCGCUCAAGCUGCAAUCGAAGUCUGAGGGCAAGGAUGGCCACGGCAUAGGACGUUACCCUGUUCUGACCAAGGGCCCACAUACUCCGAGAUUCACGAUCGACACAGUUUGGGAGAUCGACGCAUUGAUGAGCCAGAGAAAGUUCUUCCCGAGGCAACGAAUGAGUGCUUACAAGUCUCGUCCUACUGCAACAGCUGGUUCCGCAAGAGCUAGGAGAGGGGGCGGUGGAGCCGCGUCUGGCGCAACGUACAUGAAUGGGGACGUGGUCGGUGCUUCCGCCCCAGAGAUCGGCGCAGACAACAAAGGUCGGAGGUUGCUGGAAAAAAUGGGCUGGACAGAAGGCGUCGGACUAGGUGCUGUUGGGAACAAAGGCAGCCUGGAGGCCAUCAAGCAUGUCGUAAAGACCACAAGGGCUGGAUUAGGUUAA